AUGAAUACAUGGAUUAAAAAUUGUGAUAAUUAUCAUAUAAUUAAUGUUGAAAAUUCUAAAAAACGUAAAAAUAAUUUAUUUAAUGUUAAAUCAAUUUUUCAUAAUGAUAAUAAUGAUGAUGAUGGGUCUGUUUUCGAAUGCGAAACAAAUUUUACCGGACAUAAUUUUCGAAAAUACGUUAAAAAUAUUUUAGCUAAAAGUGCUUGGGAAGGAUUAUGUAAAUCCCUUCACAUAAUAAAUUCAUGUUGUUUCGAAUGGCUCAUCAUCGUACCUGAUAGCGUUUUCGUUUUGUUGGAAAAUUUAAAAUUUUUCAUUAAAAAUUUAAAUAGCAGUGAAUAUCAUUAUUUCGGUUAUCCGCUGGAACACUACGAAGCUAAUUUUAAUACGUUAUCCGCUGGAAUAUUAUUAAGUCGUGGCUCAUUGAGAAAAUUAUUAAAAAAAUUUCAAAAUAUAACCGAUUGUGAAAAUACCGGAAAACAUUGGAAAAAUGAAGAUUUAUAUUUAGGUUUUUAUUUAAAAGAAUUGGGAAUUUUACCAAUGGAUACAAGGGAUAAAGAGGGACGAGGUAGAUUUCAUGGUUUUAAUAUAAAUACAUUGUUGUGGCCUGGAAAACUUUUUUACAAGUCUGAUUAUUAUAAAAAAGCACUGUAUCCUGUACCUAAGGGUACCAAUUGUUGCAGUCCAUUUUCAAUAACAGUAGAUUUAUCUGAUCCGACAAUGGCAUAUAAAAUAUAUUUUUUUUUAUACAUAAUAGGAAAUAAACAAAUUAAAAAGCAAAAUUUUUCAAAUUCCCAAAUUACAAAUGGAUUUUCAUGGAAAGAUUUUCUUAAAGAAAGAGGAUAUAAUGAUAGUGCAAUCAAUAAUAUAUCAUCAAAAGAAUAUUAUGAAAUAUGGGAAAAAAUUUUACCACCCGAAAAAAUGUAUAAAGAAAUGAGAAAUUUUAUUCAAGACACUAAAAGUUAA